AUGGCUCCCUACUUAGGCCUCCGGGGCAUGCCCCUCGUGAUAGCCAUCACCGCCGCCUGUUCGACUGGUUUUUUGCUCUUUGGAUAUGACAAUGGAGUCUUCUCGGGCCUCACAACCGACAAGGUAUUUCUCGACGCAAUGGGCAACCCAAACACCACCCUUCUCGGUUUCAUCGUCGCAGUCUACGAACUUGGUUGCCUUGUAGGAGCUUUGGCAUCUAUGUUUUGGGGAGAAGGGCUAGGCCGGCGCAUGUUGACCGUUUGUGGAGCUGCCUGGGUCAUUGUGGGCACCGUGAUACAGUGUUCUUCGUACGGCCGCGCGCAGAUGAUUGUGGGCAGAAUUGUGACUGGAUUCGGCAUGGGUUGUAUCACGUCUGCCGUUCCCAUUUGGCAGUGCGAGACUACUCCAGCGCAUCUGCGGGCAAGGGCUAUGGCGAUUGAGCUUUCGUUUCUUAUUGUUGGUAUUGUUGUGGCUUACUGGACCGACUAUGGAUGCAGUUUGUACGCGAAUGACUUCCAGUGGAGGUUUCCUAUUGCUUUCCAGAUUGUGUUUGCAAUCAUAAUGGUUAUUAUGUGUCUAAUGCUUCCUGAGAGUCCUCGAUGGCUCGCGAGCCACAAGAGAGAACAAGAAGCACUUGAAAUCAUUUGCCUUCUCAGAGAUGGAACCCCCGAAGACGAGCAUAUCCGUGCCGAAAUCAACGAUAUCAAAGAUGCCAUUGCUUUAGAAGAAGAAGAGGCUGGCAGCUGGAAGGACUGCUUCCGUGAUGGUGGCGUCAUGGGCUGGCAGCGAGUUGCUAUUGCCUGCUCAUGUCAAGCUCUUCAGGAGUUUUCGGGUACAAAUAUCAUCACGUACUAUGCUCCGUUUAUCCCCAAUAGUUUCGGACGCCGAAGAUUGUUCCUCAUCGGUAGUUUGGGUAUGGGCGCCUGUAUGCUUAUCUCCGGCCUGACCAUCAUGGCUGGUGGCCAUGACAAUGGCAUAGGCACCGUAGUUGUACUCUACAUGUUCCAGGCCUUCUUUACCUGGGGCUGGAUGUCCAACAUGUGGGCUUAUCCUAGUGAAAUCCUCCCUCUCCGACUCCGACAGACCGGCUCAGCCCUAUCCGUCGUAUGGCAAUGGCUCAUCACUUUCUUGAUCGUCGAAAUCACGCCUGUCGGCAUUCAAAACAUUGGCUGGAAGCUCUACAUUGUGUUCUGCAUUCUCAACUGGGCUACUAUAUUCGUGGUCUAUUUCUGGUAUCCGGAAACAGCUGGCAAGACGCUGGAGCAGAUUGACUUUAUGUUCGCGAGCCAGUCGAGCCUUCGACAGGUUGUGAAGCUGAGCACGAGGAAGGACUUCGAUGACUUGGCUAUUAUCCGUGAGGCGCAGGCGCAGGCGCACCACCAGAAAGUGGACAAGAACCAGGUAGAAGAUAUUGAUGCCGAGCAAGAGCAUGCCGAGUAA